AUGAGCACAUCAGUACCGAACGCGACAGAUAAUUUCGGUGGGAUGCCACCGAAACUUUGCAUCUUUUUCGGUUGGAUUUCACCGGAACAAAAUCAAGGUGACGCCCCUACUGAAGGCAACAAUGUGGGAACAGAAUGUGUAAUGGACUAUAGUGAUCAAUUCACAACUUAUUCGAUAUUUAAUGGUAGAGAUGCAUUACUUCGAUGGGCUCGUGAACAAGGAAAAUUGAAUAAUAUUGUCAUUGUAAUUAAAAGGUCUGAUUAUGGAGGUGAGGGCAAGAGGAGACCUCGUGUAAUACUUGCUUGUGAGAGGAACGGUAACUAUAAGUCUUGCAAGUCUAGUGAGACAACUGAUAUAAGAUCGGAUGCAAAUAGUGAUAUGAAAAAAUGUGCUAGAGACACUGGUACCAAGAAAUGUGGAUGCCCAUUCUUGUUAAAAGGUGUCAAUAUUGGUGAUGGGGAUGAUUGGAAGUUGGAGGUGGUUUGUGGAGUACACAACCAUCCUAUUUCAGAGUAUCUUCAAGGUCAUUCAUUUGUGGGGCGACUUACUGAAGAGGAGAAUGCCUUGUUGGUGGACAUGUCUAAGAGUUUGGUGAAACCCAGAGAUAUUUUGGUCACCAUUAAAGAUAGAGAUGCAAUGAAUGUUUCAACUAUGAAGACAAUAUACAAUGCUAGGAUCCGAAAUAGAACCAAAGAAUUUGCUGGGAGAACCCAAAUGCAACAAUUGCUUACUAAGUUAUCCGAACAAAAUUAUAUUGAGUGGCAUAGGACAUCUGGGGAUAUUAUAACUGACCUGUUUUGGACACACCCCAUUAAUAUUGAUAUUUUGCGCGCAUUUCCACAUGUACUUAUCAUGGAUUGCACCUAUAAGACUAAUAGGUAUCGUUUCCCACUAUUGCAAAUUGUGGGGGUGACAUCUACUAAUAUGACAUUCUCUGUUGCGUAUGUGUAUAUGAAUGCUGAGAAGGAAGACAAUUACACAUGGGCAUUGACUGCGUUGAGGAGUUUGUUGGAUGAUAAUUGUCUUCCUGGUGUUAUUGUCACCGAUCGAGAGUUAGCACUCUUGAAUUCUAUUACGUCUAUAUUUCCAAAAGCACGACAUUUAUUAUGUAGAUGGCAUAUUAACAAAGGAGUGUUGGCAAACUGCAAGAAGUUAUUUGGGACCCUCAAACAAUGGAAGCAAUUUAAUGAGGAUUGGAAUACUUUGGUUGGUUCAGAAACGGAGGAGGAAUAUUGGCGUUGUUUGCGACAGAUUGAGUCUAAGUUUAGUGAAUUUCAAAAAGCUCUUGAAUACAUACAUGAAAAUUGGUUAAAUCCAUUUAAGGAUAGGUUUGUGGCCGCAUGGACAGACACUUGUAUGCAUCUUGGAUCGACGACCUCAAAUAGAGCGGAAAGUGCACAUGCAAAGUUGAAGCGACAGCUCCGCUCAAGCCAACUUAACUUUGAGAGAUCAUGGGUUCAGGCAUCCGGAGUUGAGAGAGUUAGUAGGUUUUGUUUCUAUAAAGGCUUUGAGUGUAAUUGUGUGCGAGUUAGAAAGGUUAGAGAUAGAUGGGGUGGAUGCUUUAUCAUGUGGUUGUGCUAUUCGUCGAACCCACCAAUUACCAUGUGCACAUGA